UUGUGACACUUAUUUUUCUCCCCUCUAUUUUGUCGGCCCUACUUGAGAGAUAUGCUCACUAAUUCUUCGUGAUAAGUUGAGGCAUAGUUGAGCACAGCACGUGGACUGUCACUCUCAGCAUCACUGGCCAUUGGGUACUUUAGGUCGGGUCCAACUGACGGAGCGCAGGGCAGUUGUCUGAAUUAGGUCCUGGUAGGUUUGGGCAGGUCACCUAAAAAAUGGUUGUGGAAAAUGUUGCCGUGAACCCUGAUUUGGUUCGAGAGCGCCAAAAGUGCACUUUCAACACCCUGGAAUUGACUCACCUGUUAGAUGGAGGUGAAGCAAAAACUCUUGAGAGGAAAGAAAGGGAGGAUUAUUUUCUAUCUGACCCCGCAUUUAAGGAUGAAGUGCCUAUGGAAUACCUAAGUCACAAGGAGCAAUAUGAACAUUCUGUGCGAAAAGCCUGCCACAUGUUCAAAAAGCUUCAAGAGAUGCCUCAUGGGAGUAUGGAUAAUUUUAGGGAUCCACCUGUUGAUUCCAUGGGAAAGAGAGUUAAGCAGCUUCUGGGUGGCAUGCUGGGGUCAGCAAUUAUCAAGGAUGGUAAUCCGCUUGCCUUACAUUAUGUCAUGUUCCUGCCCACACUUGCUGGACAGGGCACAGUUGAACAACAAGCUUUUUGGAUUUCAAGAGCCUGGAACCUUGAAAUAAUUGGUACCUAUGCUCAGACGGAAUUAGGUCAUGGUACCUUCAUUCGAGGCUUAGAAACAACAGCCACUUAUGACCCAGCCACACAAGAAUUUGUUUUGAACAGUCCUACCCUUACAUCUUACAAAUGGUGGCCUGGAGGGUUGGGACAUACUGCUAAUUAUGCAGUUGUUGUGGCUCAACUGUAUACUCAAGGGAAGUGCCAUGGAAUUCAUCCUUUCAUUGUUCAACUUCGAGAUGAAGAAACCCACAUGCCUCUCCCGGGAAUCAUCAUUGGGGAGAUCGGAGCUAAGCUAGGUAUGAACACCACCAAUAAUGGAUACCUGGGCUUCAAGCAGGUCCGCAUACCAUUAGAAAAUAUGCUGAUGAAAAACAACAAGGUGUUAGAGGAUGGAACUUACGUGAAGUCUCCAAGUGAUAAGCUGACCUAUGGAACUAUGAUGUUUGUGCGGGUAGUGAUUUGCCAAGAUAUGUCCAGCUAUCUUUCUAAAGCAGUUACUAUUGCUACUCGCUACAGUGCAGUGAGACACCAGUCGGAAAUGAAACCAGGUGCUCCUGAACCCCAAGUCCUCGACUACCGCACCCAGCAGUACAAGCUUCUGCCUUCUAUUGCCUCUGUAUUUGCAAUGAAAUUCUCCGCCCAAUGGAUCUGGGAAAUGUACAAUGUGGUCAACAGUGAACUUGACCAGGGGGAUUUGGAAAGGCUGCCCGAGCUUCAUGCAGCUUCUUGCUGUCUGAAGGCUCUGUGCACAAGCGAUGCUGCAUCUGCUGUUGAAACUGUUAGGUUGGCUUGUGGAGGUCACGGGUACAUGAAAUCCAGCAAUCUGCCAUCUACCUAUGGCUUGGUAACAGCUGCCUGCACUUAUGAGGGAGAAAACACUGUCCUGCUUCUGCAGACUGCAAGGUACCUCAUGAAGACUUGGCAACAAGCCCGAAGUGGACAAACACUGACACCUUCUGUUGCAUACUUGAAUCUGUAUUCUGAUUGGCGACAACCUCGUGCAAUUUGGGAAAACAGUAUGGAUUGUGUUGUGAAGGCAUUCUAUCAGGUAGCUGCCGGGAAAGUCAAGUCUGCUGCUGAGCACAUGGAGCGCCGAGCCAAAGGGGGCAUGUCAUCAGAGGAUGCUUGGAAUGAAUCUUCCAUUGAACUAGUUGCAGCUUCCACUGCCCAUUGUCGAGCUUUUAUGGUUGAAAAGUUCGUAGAGACCGUUUCAAAGUCCUCUGUAUCUCGCCCACUUCAAACAGUCCUCACACAACUUGCUGAACUCUAUGCUCUGUAUUGGCUGCUGAUAAACAAGGGUGACUUUUUGAUGUUCUCAAAUUUGUCACCUGCUGAUGUGGAUGGUUUGCAACUGUGGCUGGAACAGCUCCUGGCUAAGCUCCGACCUAAUGCAGUGGGCAUUGUGGACUCGUUCGACAUUCAUGACGAAAUUCUUGGUUCACCCCUUGGUGCUUGGGAUGGCAGGGUCUACGAACGUAUGUUUGAAGAGUCUCAGAAAAGCCCUCUCAACAGUGAGCCUGUUAACAAAUCAUUCCAUGAGUACUUGAAGCCAUUCCUAAGGUCAAACCUUUAGAGAAAUAGAGCUUUGUUCUAUUGGACCAAGUUUUUAAAUGAUCAAAUCAUUGUGAUAUUUCUGUAGAUUUCUAGAUGGCAACUUUUUAUGAAAACAUUAUGAAUUCCAGAAAUAUUAGGAUAUGUUAUUUUGGGGCUUAGGGAAACUUUCCUGUUUUCUGAUUAAACUCCAUAUUUAAAUGUUAAAAUUUGUUGACUAAAACUCUUCUACUCUGUGCUAUACAGGAAAAUUGGGUAUUGUGAUUUGAUUUUUUUAGUGUUUAUAUUUCUAUAUUGUUUAUAUUGUUGUUAUUAUUAUCCUUAAAAGCUGAUGGUUCUUAGUCUAUGAUACUUUUGAAUAUUUUUAUAUCUUAAUGAGGAUGACAGGAUACCUGUGAGUCUUAUUGCCUUAUAAGUAUUAAUUGGGUUACCUGUAAUAGAUUACUGUAGUUUUGACAUGUUUCUCUAAAUUCACUUGAAUUAAUUACAUACAAUGUGAUGCAUUUAUUUACCUUGUAAUGGUAGAGAGUGAUCCUGGUUAUAGUUGUUUAAUUUGUCUCGCACUUACUGCUUCAGGUAAGGCAAACAGUAUUUUAUAAUUUUAUACUGAUUUAUUUUUGUAUCAAACAGGUCAUGAAAUGACUUGUAUAUUUUGACUAUCUUCUAAGCUGUUUAUUGCUAGGUUCUUGCUUAUCUAGGGACCACAAUUACUUUCAUUUGCACCCAGAAGACAUUUUUACUCAUUCUUUUGAAUAAAAUGCUGUUGCAGUA